CUCUCAAACUACACACACGUACGUACACACCCUCCAGGUUUCCUCAGAGAUCCCUCAAACUUCUAAGGAUAUAGAAAAUGGCAGAUGGUGAAGACAUUCAGCCUCUUGUCUGUGACAAUGGAACCGGAAUGGUUAAGGCUGGAUUUGCUGGAGAUGAUGCACCAAGAGCUGUAUUCCCUAGCAUUGUUGGUCGUCCUCGUCACACUGGUGUGAUGGUUGGUAUGGGACAAAAAGAUGCUUACGUUGGUGAUGAGGCUCAGUCUAAGAGAGGUAUUUUGACAUUGAAAUAUCCUAUUGAGCAUGGUAUUGUUAGCAACUGGGAUGACAUGGAGAAGAUUUGGCAUCACACUUUCUACAAUGAGCUCCGUGUUGCACCUGAAGAGCACCCUGUUCUUCUCACUGAGGCUCCUCUCAACCCCAAGGCUAAUCGUGAGAAAAUGACACAGAUUAUGUUUGAAACUUUCAACACUCCCGCUAUGUAUGUCGCUAUCCAAGCUGUUCUUUCCCUCUACGCCAGUGGUCGUACUACUGGUAUUGUGCUGGACUCUGGAGAUGGUGUGAGUCACACUGUUCCAAUUUACGAAGGAUAUGCUCUUCCACACGCCAUUCUGCGUUUGGACCUUGCAGGACGUGACCUUACUGAUUACCUCAUGAAGAUCUUGACAGAGCGUGGUUACUCAUUCACUACCUCAGCAGAGCGUGAAAUUGUAAGGGAUGUGAAAGAGAAACUUUCUUACAUAGCUCUUGACUACGAGCAAGAGAUGGACACGGCAAACACAAGCUCAUCCGUUGAGAAGAGUUACGAGUUGCCUGAUGGACAGGUGAUCACCAUUGGAGGAGAGAGAUUCCGCUGCCCCGAGGUUCUGUUCCAACCGUCUUUGGUGGGAAUGGAAGCUGCUGGUAUUCAUGAGACCACUUACAAUUCCAUCAUGAAGUGUGAUGUGGAUAUCAGGAAGGAUCUCUAUGGAAACAUUGUGCUCAGUGGUGGAACCACCAUGUUCCCUGGAAUUGCUGAUAGGAUGAGCAAAGAGAUCACUGCUUUGGCUCCAAGCAGCAUGAAGAUUAAGGUGGUUGCUCCACCAGAGAGGAAGUACAGUGUCUGGAUUGGAGGCUCCAUUCUAGCAUCACUCAGUACCUUCCAACAGAUGUGGAUAGCAAAGGCUGAGUAUGAUGAGUCAGGGCCAUCAAUAGUCCACAGGAAGUGCUUCUAAGAUUAAGCUCGAAUCAAAGUGAUGAAUGAUUGUUCUGUAUUGGUAAAGCCUUUUGUUCAUCGACUUUGUUGCAAAAUAUUCUUUUGUUUUCUAUGUUUCUUCACCACAUUUCUUCCUUGCUGUCCUCCUCUUUUGGUAUUUCUGCUACUAAUUGUUAAAGAAUCGUCUUUUAUUAGUUUCUAUUUUUUCCUCUGCUGUUCCCUCUGAAAUCUGAGAAAAAAAGAAAGAUGAAACCAGAGGCAAUGGAUUUGGCUUUUUAUUGUAUUUUUGUUAAAGGGGUUUCAUAAUUAAAGGGAAAGACAGAGU